CGUUGCGUUCUCUGCCCAGAUUACAAAACUUCUCCUCGGCUCGCCGCUCCCGUCCCCCAUCCCUACCCACGCUUCCUACCCCUCCGCGCCGCUCCUCCAGGCUCCAGACAUGGCGAUCGCCACCGAGUCGCGCGGCAGCGAGGGCAGGUUUUUGCAGGCUUCAGCCCACGCAAACGAGGAUAAGCGGUGGGUGCUGUCUGAUUUUGAGAUUGGGAAACCUCUUGGGAGGGGCAAGUUUGGUCAUGUUUAUCUGGCCAGAGAAAAGAGGAGCAGUCAAGUUGUGGCUCUGAAAGUGCUUUUCAAGAGCCAACUCAAGCAAUCACAGGUCGAGCAUCAGCUGCGACGUGAAGUGGAGAUUCAGAGUCAUCUUCGCCAUCCUAAUAUUCUUCGCCUGUAUGGGUACUUCUAUGAUCAGAGCCGGGUUUACCUAAUCCUGGAAUAUGCUGCCAAGGGUGAACUGUACAAGGAACUGACAAUGUGCAAACAUUUUUCUGAAAGACGUUCAGCAACUUAUAUUGCAUCAUUAGCUAGAGCUCUGAUCUACCUUCAUGGAAAGCAUGUCAUCCACCGGGACAUUAAACCAGAAAAUCUUUUGGUUGGAGCCCAGGGUGAGAUCAAAAUCGCCGACUUUGGCUGGUCCGUGCACACCUUCAACAGAAGACGGACUAUGUGCGGAACUCUGGAUUACCUGCCACCUGAAAUGGUGGAGAAGACAGAACAUGAUUACCAUGUAGACAUAUGGAGCUUGGGUAUUCUGUGCUAUGAAUUCCUUUACGGGGUCCCACCUUUCGAAGCUAAGGAGCACUCAGAAACAUACAGAAGGAUAGUGAAAGUGGACUUGAAGUUCCCACUGAAACCAUUCGUUUCACCUGCAGCGAAGGAUUUAAUUUCUCAGAUGCUGGUCAAGAACUCGGCGCAGCGGCUGCCUCUCCACAAGGUUCUUGAGCACCCGUGGAUCGUCCAGAACGCUGAUCCUUCCGGUGUGUACAGAGGGUAGAACUGCCACCGGCUGAAUACUGCCUCUCCUUCACUCUCCCCAAUUCGAGGGGAUUGCGCAGACACAUGGAAUGCCACAAGGAAUCAGCUCAUGCGCCCGGGCCUUGCUGGAUGUGUGUACAGAGGGUAGAACCACCACCAGCUGAAGGCUGCCUCUCCUCCACUCUCCCCAAUUCGAGGGGAGUGCACAGACACAUGGAAUGGCCACGAGGAAUCAGCUCAUGAACCGGACCUUGCUGGAUGUGUGUUAGUGUUCUAUUUGGUGGUGUGUCUGUAUUGGGGUGUGCACACUGUUCCACAUGGGUUUGCAUGGGCAAGCGUUCAUCUUCUUUAAUCUAAUGGCAGACAGUUGUACUGCAUUGUUUGAAUACAAAGUACACAAAAAGUAACUCUAAGAUUAAGUGAGAUUUAAAAUCUGAAACAACACUGAUUCGGAUAAAAA